AUGGUGGGCGUGCUGGUGCUGGUGGCUCUGGUGGCUCUGGCUGCGGCGGAGGAGGUCCCAGAGCAGGUGAUGGGCAGGAUGGGCGGCGAGGCGGCGGCGAUGCGGGCCGAGGCGCGGCGGGCGAUGGCGGCGGUGCAUGACGGGCUCGGAACGCGGCUGGGCGAGCUGCGGGCGAUGGUCCCGGGAGGACUUCAGGCUGUCUCGUCCGAGUGCGAGGUGGCGGCGAACAGGGUGGUGGGCAUCAUGAACGCGGCCGAGUGCGCGGUGGUGUUUGACGAGAACGACUCGAGGAACAUCUGGAAGGCGAGCGAGAAGGCCGAGCUGGAGGUCACGAUCCCGCAGUUCUGCGAGUCGUCGUGCCGGAGCGAGCUAAGCCCGGCGUUCAAGUCGCUGUUGCGGACGUGCAGCCGGGAAGAGCUCGGCGAUCUUGGGAUCAGCGACAAGACCGUGGUGGACCUGCGGGUCACGCUCACGCUGCCAUGCUUCCAGGUGGAAGGGCGUUACUGCUUCCCCGAGGUUGUGGAGUUUGGCCAGCUGUUUGGCGGCAACACGGUGCUGACGCAGCAGAUCCUGGACACGGCGUGCUCGCAGUGCAAGCGCAAGUACUUUUACACGCUGGUCACGCUCUCGACGGUGGACGUUGAUGCGGCGCGGAGCCUGGCGGCGACAUUUGAGCUGACGUGCCUGCGGGCGAUACCAAAGACCGGCAAGUACUGCAUGCUCGAGUUCGAGGAUAUCAACGAGUUCAAGCGGCAACGGCCCGAGCCGAGUACGGCGGCGGUGUUUACACGCAUGUGUGCGACCAACUGCAUGGCGCGGCUGGGCGCGGUCUCGCGGGCGUUCAAUGUAAGUGGGACGUCGAACGCCGACUUUCGGACGUCGCAGACAUUCUGCCACCGCGACCCUGCGGGUGAACUGUGCGUGGUGCGUGUGGUCAACGCGCUUGGCGAGCUGUCCUCGUGCCCAUCGACCACGUGUCCGGGAUGCGCUCCCGAGACCGGCCAGGGAUGUGCAAGCCAGCAGGCGCCGUACUGCGACGGCGACCGCGGGUCGGAUGCGCAGCAGGCGGCCGGGUACUGCAACGCGACCAUGUGCGGUGGAGCCAUCGACACCUUUCUCUCGGCCACGGGCUGCUGCUCGUCCACAGUGGUGGCCGUCAUGCCGUCAGUGGCGGCGCAGCACCGGCUGGUCUCGUGGGUCACCCGGCCGCCGCCGGUUGGCUGCGACCGCACGUUCAACGCCGUCUGCAUCGGCGAGCUCGUGGCGGUCCGUCUCGUUGUCCGUAACCUGCGGCGGGCGUGGGUCGAGAGCAAUCGCGCCGCGCUGCAAUCCGCCAUCGUCGCGGACCUGGCCGCCAACACUGGCAUCCAGCCGCAGUACAUGGCCAACUUUGUGGUGGUGAGCACCGGCGCUGCCGCCGUGCCCAGCUCGGAGAGCGAAGCGGCUGUUGCUGCCGACCCGAUCGCCACAACUGCCACCACGGUGACCAUCGACAUCAACGCGGCGUCGUCGGCCGACGCGCGAUCGGUAUCGCUCAUCCUCGCAACUGGCACCUUUGUCUCACCGCAAACCUCAGCGCUGGGCGAGGAUGCGGUGGACAAUGCCGAGCUCGGCAUUGCAGUUGCCCCCGCCGCCACCUCGUGCUCGUCGUGCGUCCAGGAGACGCCGGCGUCCGGCGCUCGUGCUGGCGCUCACGCCAUCGCGCCACUUCCUUUGCUCCUCGCCCUCUUAGCAACGGUAUCUAUCAUGAUGAUGAAGACUCUGCUUGUGGUGGCCAUCGUGCUGGUGGUCGCUGCAGUGGCCGACGAGGAGCACGAGCGCCACCUUCGGACGAUGGCCAAGGCCCGUGCCUUUGCCUCGCACCCCGACAACGGCAACAAGCUGGCCGGCGUCCAUGGACGCAUCUCAGCCAAGCUCGGCGAGAUUCGCCAGCAGGCGCAGGAGCUCCAGGCGCAUGCCUCGCGCGCGCUCUCUGCCCGUGCAGUCUCUGACGACUGCGCCGCCGCCACGGCUCUUGUGUGGCAGUCCGUCUCGGCCGAAGAGUGCAAGGUGGUCUUUGACGACAACAACCCGCAGAACAUCUGGAAGUCCACGUCCAAGUCUGAGCUCGAGCAGACGAUCCCUGCGUUCUGCGAGUCGGACUGCCGCGCCACCCUUCUGCCGCGCUUCCGCUCUAUGCUCCGCACCUGCAACCGCGCUGAGCUCCGCGAGCUCAACGUGACGGUCGAGACCAUUGUCCACGUCCGCCUUGCCCUCAAGCUCCCGUGCUUCCAGGUCAACGGCCAGUACUGCUUCCCGGAGGUGACCGAGUUUGAGACGGCCUUUGCCAACAACGCCAAUCCGACCCAGGAGUCGCUUGGCCAGGCAUGCACAACGUGCAAGCGCCGCUACGUUCUCGCCAUGGUCGCCCUGCACACUCAGGACCCCGAGGCCGUCAGCGGCGUCGCUGCCCUCUUCCAGAUCCUCUGCCUCCGCUCGCGCCCGCGCACCGGCAAGUUCUGCCUCCCCGAGUUCCACGCGAUCGGCGAGUAUGCCAAGACCUCGCCGCCUGUUGCCGAUCUCUUCAAGCGCCAGUGCGAGACCAACUGCAUUGCCCGCCUCGGUGCCCUCGCCCGCGCCUUUAACUUCUCGGGCUUCUCUGGCGACGACUUUAAGAACACCCAGCUGUUCUGCUACCGCGACGACAACAACAAGCUCUGCCUUGUCCGCAUCUUUGAGACCAUCGACUCGCUCAAGGCGUGCCCGUCGACGACCUGCACCGGCUGCGACACCGAGACCGGUGCCGGCUGCGACAACAAGACUGCGCCUUACUGCGCUGGCGACCGCGGCGCGGACGCCCAGCAGAAGGAGGGUUACUGCGACAACGCCAUGUGCGGCGGGGCCAUCGACACAUUCAUGUCCAACACAGGCUGCUGCUCCAACCUCAUCGUCGCCCUCGCCGACACCCAGGAGAAGCGGGCCCAGUUGCACAACUGGGUGACCAAGCCGCAGCCGGCCGGCUGCGGCCGCACGUUCAACACCAAGUGCGUUGGCGAGAAGAUCUUUGUCCGCCUCGUCGUCCGCAACCUCCUCUCCACCUGGGUCGAGGCCAACCUCCGCCAGCUCGAGGCCGCCAUCAUUGCCGACCUUGCCGCCAACACCGGCAUUGAGGCCGAGUACAUGUCCAAGUUCACCGUCGAGGGCACCUCGGCCUCCUCCCGCUCGGAAUUCGAGCUUAUCAAGCCCUCGUCUUGGUUCUCUGCCCGCUCCACCGGCACCGAGACCACCAUCUCCAUCGAGCUCGACGCCCCGUCGUCGCGCGAGGCCCACGAGGCUUACCUCCAGCUCUCUGCCGGUGAGUUCAUCUCGCCCAAGACCUCGACCUCGGUCUCCGAGGACGGCGUGGCCAACCAGGAGGACGGUGUGACCGUCGAGUCCAAGUCGACCUCGUGCAACUCGUGCACUUCGGCUGCCACCAACGCCUCGCGCCUCCCGGCCUUUGCCGUCGCCGCCAUUGCCGUCGUUGCCGCUUUUUUUGCCAUGCUCUAG